CCGCAUCAAACCUCACCACCUCAACUGUCACACUGUCUUGAUUCUGCUACCAGCAUCUGCCGCACCUUCGUUGCUGUGUUAUCUGCCUAUCUUCGAUCUCCCUCGCUGUCUGCUCUCGACAUGUUCAUAUUUUCGAUGCGCUCUGCUGUCUACUUCCUUUCUGCUUGGCUCUCGAUGUUCGUGAUGCGCUCAGCUGUCUAUUUCCUUUCUGCUCGGCUCUCGAUGUGUUUUCAAGGUAUACCCAUCGAUUUCCCUGUAUUUCCAGCUGUUUUCGUACCAAUUGUAUUCCACCACCAAGCAAUCAAAGCAUAUUUGAUACCUUUUGAGCAUAUUCUGGGAGGACAGCGCGAGUGUGCGUGAAUAUGCCUAGAUGUGCGCAAUGUCAAAGAAGCACAAGAGAGCACAUGGGGC